ACUGGACCUGUUGGACCACCACGAGAGUUCAUCCAGCUGGUUUAACUACUGGUUUAGAUCACUAACGAGUUGGUGCAGCUGGUUUAGGUGCUCGCAGUCCUACGGACGCUGAGUGGGAGCUGAAAUGAGGUCAGAUCUGAGAGGAUCCCACACUUCCUCUGAGUCUGGCUCAGCAUCAGAUGGAGAACUUUACUCCCGCAGCACCUUUGAAACUCCAGCCGGGAGAAUAAUUAACAGAUGAGCACGUGCUUCGUGUCUUUUCUUCGCGCGCCUGGAUCGAUCAAGUGUUGAAUCUGGACUGACACUGAUAUACGUCCUGGUUCGGAGCAGAAACUAUGGUCUCAGUCGCUAAGAUCCUGGUCGGGAUCCUGGGGGUGUCGGUGGUGGUCAUCCUGAUAGUGGUGCCCACCGUUGUGUUUGUGAAAGAGAAGGAGACCGUGGAUGUGAGAACCUUCACCCUGGAUGAUGUCUUCAACGGUGCUCUGAAGCCAAAAUCCUACAACUUGAGGUGGAUUUCAGAUUAUGAGUAUCUGCACAAGUCUGAUGAUUCUGUUCGAAUCUACAACGUGAAAACAAAUGAGGACUCUGAAUUCUUGAGCAACGAGUUGUUUGCUAAAGUAGAUGCGUACGAUUACCAGGUUUCUGCUGAUCUCAAUUAUGUUUCAUUCAUGAGUAACUAUAGCAAGCUGUGGCGACAUUCAUUUACAGCCUCGUUUUCACUGUAUGACCUGAAACUACGCAAGUUCGUCGCUGCUGGCAUUCCUGAUGAAGUUCAGUACUUCUCCUGGGCCCCUGAAGGGAACAAACUGGCGUAUGUUUGGGAGAAUAACGUAUAUAUAAAAAGCAGCCCUGAGUCCCAACCACAGCAAGUGACCACCAACGGAGAAACAAACGCGGUCUUAAACGGGAUCCCGGACUGGGUGUAUGAGGAGGAGAUGUUUUCAUCAAAUCAGGGCCUCUGGUGGUCUCCUGGAGGGAAGUACGUAGCCUAUGCUGUUUUCAACGACACUGGGGUGCACGCUAUAGAGUACACCUGGUAUGGUGAGAACCAGUACCCCAGCACCGUUUUCAUUCCAUACCCUAAGGCCGGUACUCCCAAUCCUGUUGUAAAACUGUUUGUAGUGGACGCAGAUAACCGAACACACAUCACUGAAGUGGCGGUUCCAGACCUAUUCAGCUCAGUCGACCACUACCUGGCUUCUGUCACUUGGGUGACGGAUGAACGUCUGGCUGUUCAGUGGCUAAAGAGAGUUCAAAACCACCUCAUCAUUCAAGUCUACAACUUUAACGGAUCUAGUUGGGAUCCUGAUGAGCAUCUGGAGCUGACAAGUACUGGCUGGGUUGGACGGUUUUCUCCACCAGAACCAGUGUUUGCCUCCAACAAGAGCAGCUACUACCUGAUCACGAGCGACAGAAGCAAAUACAAGCACAUCCAUCAUGUGGUUAAGGGAGAAGCUACACCUGUGACCUCUGGAGUCUGGGAGGUCAUCGAUAUCCUGAAAGUGACUGCAGAUAGUGUAUUUUACUCAAGCAACGAAAACAACAACAAACCAGGAGGAAGGAAUGUUUACGAGUGGACCAAACACAGCACCAGGUGUCUAACCUGCUUCUUCCAUUCAGACUGUGAAUAUAACUCAGCGUACUUCAGCCACAAUGCCUCCUAUUACAGUUUGAGCUGCAGUGGUCCUGGUGUCCCCCAGCAAGUUCUCAUGGAUACCAGGAGCAACACACAGAUCAAAGGUCUGGAGGACAACCAGGCAUUUAGGAUGGAGAUAUCUCAGAUUUCAAUGCCGACCAUGCGUCACCGAACCAUCAGACUCAACCAAUACGACCUUUGGUACCAGAUGUACCUGCCUCCAGGAUUUGACGAGUCCAAGAAGUAUCCCUUGCUGAUCGAUGUAUACGCCGGCCCCUGCAGUCAAAAGGUAGACCUCAGGUACAGGGUGGGCUGGUCCACCUACCUGGCCAGCACAGAGAAGAUCAUCGUGGCCAGCUUUGACGGAAGAGGAAGUGGUUACCAGGGCGACCAGAUAAUGCAUGAAAUCUACAAACGUCUGGGAACCGUUGAGGUAGAAGAUCAGAUAGCAGCCGCCAGGGAAUUCAUCAAAAUGGGCUUUGUGGACAAAGACAGGGUGGCCAUAUGGGGAUGGUCCUACGGUGGUUAUGUGACGUCUAUGGUCCUGGGUUCAGGCAGCGGAGUCUUUCAGUGUGGCAUGGCCGUGGCUCCGGUGUCCAAAUGGGAAUAUUAUGAUUCCAUCUACACGGAGCGCUACAUGAUGCAGCCGUCGGAGAAUCCCCACGCCUAUGCCAAUUCAACGGUAAUGGAGAGAGCCAAGAACUUCCACUCUGUCAAAUAUCUCCUGGUUCAUGGAACAGCUGAUGAUAACGUUCAUUUCCAGCAGGCGGCGGAGAUCUCUGAAGCUCUGGUUCUGGAGCAGGUGGACUUUGAGGCCAUGUGGUACACAGACAAGGACCACGGGUUGGACGGUAAAGCCAACAGACACGUCUACACCCACAUGUCCCACUUCCUGCGGAGGUGCUUUGCUUAAACUCGACUAUUGAUGUCCUGCAGGAACAAAGCUCUCCGAGUCUUAUUUAUUUGUUUUAAAUAUUAAAUCUUUUCGUGUACAUUCGGGCAAAUGCUGCAAAAUAUUAAAAUCAUGUGAAUUUUAUAUUUAACGUUGUAUUCAGAUUAUAGCUAUCAGGAUGGACACUGGUAUUGUUUUUUGUCAACAUGAAACAAAAGUCUCAAAAUUAUUUCAUUAAUAAAUAUUUUAUGAUCUUUUUACAGUUUUUUUAAUGAUACAUUAAAGAAUUAGAAAUUUUA